UUUUUUUUUAAAUUGGUCAUCAUGCAGAGCUGCAGGCAUGAGAGCUGGUUCAGUUCUGCCAAAUACUUGGUUCAAGAUCUCCCAAUUCUCUUGAAGUCUGAAAGCUUGCACAGUAUUUCUGAUGUUCUUUUUCUUAUGUUUGAAUCUCUCCCCACAAAUGCUGAAAAUUUUAUCAAAUGGAUAGCUGAAGUAAGGAGGAAAGAGGAAGAUAGAGACAGUUCAUUCUUAAGUGAAGAGGAGAAAGCUAGGCUUGCUGCGAAGGAAGGGUUAUUACAACAAGUACAUGAGACGAAACUGUUUAACAUUGUCCGGGAUUGGUUGUCAUCAAGUUGUUCAAAUGCUCAAUCUUUGUGCGAUAAAGUAUCAUUUUCUGAAAUUGCAGCCAGUGUCUGUUGCCAAGGGGCAGUAUUAUUGAGUGGAGGCCUCAGAGAGGACAAAAGCCUCUGCUGUCUAUCAACUUGUGUGAAAUGCUUGAAUCCAAGUGAACAAACACCCAUUACUAUUGUCUCAGGAUCAGUGAUCUCUGGUGACACUGAACAAAAGGUUGAUAUGUUGGUGCCUGUAUCACAAUCAACAUCAUUAUCAUCUUCAAAUUUGAGGAGUUAUUGCAGUUCUGCAUUGGAUAAUUGUUCUGGCAUGCACCCUGGAAGCAAUGAUGUUUUGACAGUCCUGCUAUUGGCGUUGCCUUCAGAUACCUGGAUGGGUAUCAAGGAUGAGAAGCUGCUCGAUCAAAUUUUUGAUCUAGUAUCAACUGAGAAGCUUCCGGAUGUUCUGCAACAGGAGGUAGAUUAUGUUUUCCAUCCCUUUCAUUUGAGUCUGCUUCAUCUUACUACCGGGAAAUUUAAAAAAAAAAAUCUUUUGGAUGUCCAUUCAUGGUUCAUGUUAGUGCCUCAUCUUUUAUAAAACUAUGCAACGAUU